AUGAACCGCUCAUCUGCCUCUACCUACUCGGCUGUCUCCAAGUAUUCAAUACCGCCGCCCGGCUCUGUCCUGACCGGCAAACAAGAACAUUACCUCAAGCGCGAACUCAUCUCACAACAGACAGAAUGGGAGAUCUCAGAGCUGGCCUCGGAGACUGCUCUACAACGGUUCGGCGCCCCCUUCAAAUCGGAUGCUGGUGAGGUCGCACCAGAAGACUCGGAGCUGCCUCUGUUGCGCUACAUGUUCGUUCACCAUGUUCGCAACUUCCCCUUCCUCGAUCGAGCAAAAGAGAAAGAGUUUUGGCAAGACAAACUACAAACCUUCCUUGAAUCGUUUGCGCUGAAGCGCAUAUCCUCGUCCGAAGAUCGUCUAGAAGAGACAAAACGCCGCAAGCUUGCCGUGAAAGCCCAGAAACUGGUAGAACUCAUGAUGGUGUCUGGACUACCCACCGCAUCUGGCUACGAAGAGCGCAUUCGCUUCUCCGAGAUGGAGGUUGUCGAUCGACAAGCCAACGAACAGGGUCUAGCAAUGAACGUGCCCGAAGGACACCAAAUAAACGGAUGGGACGUCAACGUCGCUUCUGUACGAACCACCAGUGUCAAGAGACAUGUACGCCAUCACGCUCACGCCGAAUUUCUGCUCCGUGUCAAACGUCAGGGCCAGCCUGAGAUUUACGUUGGCCGGAGAUACAGCGAAUUCGCUCAAAUGCACAAGAGACUACGCCUCGAGAUUCCAGGAAAAGUGCUACCACCGUUACCUCGCAAGAACCACUCGAACUCGUUAUUAACCAAGGAUGACGAUGAUGACGAUUCAAUCUCGUCCGUUUCGACACAAGAUGUCAAGGAGGUCGCCCAUCAUGACGAGCCUGCACCAGCCAGUGGUGGGUUCCGCAGCUAUCUCCCAAACCCCUUCGGCGGCGGUCACCGUAGAACGGCGUCUCGCUCGUCGCAAACCGCGUCCCCUCGCGCUUCGAUGGACGCAUCCUCAACAACGAAUCUGAGGUUCGGUCGCAAGUCUGGAGACUACAGCAACAGAGAUCACUCGCCGCCGAAAGUGCUAUACCGAGAGGAACAACGUGUCUCACUAAGAGCUUUCCUGCGCAACUUCUUGCAGAAUGAAAGCAUCGCCAACAGCAACGCUAUGAACGAUUUCUUGACCGGCAAUGUCGUCAGACUGAACGAAGAAGAGAUGGAGGAUGUCAGUAGACGUAUCGUCAUGGACGAGAAACGUAUCGAAGAACAACGGCGCUUCUAUGAAAUUGCUCGUCAAAGGGCCAGAGAACUUGAUGUUCACAUGGAGAAGUUCAGGAGAGAUGUCGUUGAAAGCAAUGGUUUGACAAAGCUGUUCGCUGAGAUCAAGCAAAAGAACACAAUUGCAGAGUUGUCUCCUGAGUACAAAAAGUUUGCUGAAUGGCUUCGUAUCGAGGUUGCUGCUGUGAUUUACCACUUGUUCCUGGCUGAAGACAACAGUCCCGAGCUGUUUGCACAAGCAAAACGCAUCCAUUCACUGAUACCUUACACCGCUCUGAAACAAGUGAUCCGCUUCGCGAACCCGGCUGCCGUCAUGGCUGGCGUGCUUGACCUGUUCCUUGCCCAACCCUUCGGUGCGAAAUCAUUACUGCAACGCAUCUUCUCACUUGCCUUGGGAGACAGCAUCAGAACUGUUCAGAAGAGUAUCGAUGGACUGGCUGCUAAAAUCAACGAGCCUGUGUUCUGCGAGAAGAUCAAGAAUUACAACCAGUGCGAUCAAGAUCUCAAGGACGCCAUCCGAAGAGAAGCUGCACAAGACGACAUCGACCUGCUUGUGGCCAUCUUGCGCAGCGAAGACAUCAAACCUGAAUUGAAACCUGAGGAGAUCGGAAGAGCGUUCAAUGCUUAUGUGGCAUGGAACAGUGCGGUCGAGAAUAUCGACGAGGAACUCAGAUCAGGUGCCGAGACCUUUGCUCACCUGAAGCAACUACUCAAGCUCUACACACGUCAACGGGAUAAGACUAUGAUGUUGCGUAUGAUUGAAGAGCCCACCACGUUGCAACUCUUCCGCGAUCUGUUCACAAUCUUCUACGAGCCGCUGGUUAGAGUCUACAAGUCGGCCAACGUCUACAACAGUAUCAGCGACUUUGCACGCUUCAUGGACGAUAUGAUCUCCGUGGUGGAGAAGUGUCAACGACAGGACGUAUCCGCCGAUCCUAACCAGACGGUCCAAGCCUUUAUCGAUUUGUGCGCAAGACACGAAGAUUCGUUCUACAAGUUUGUGCAUGAAGUACAUCUUCACGACAAUGGACUGUUCGAUCAGCUCAUGGGCUGGAUCGAGGGCAUUCUUUCCUUCCUCCGCACCGGUCCUCGUGGUGGCGGUAAACUGGACAUGAAUGCACUCUUCCAGGGCGCUGUCGAGAUGAGACAAAUCGACAAGGACGCCGCCGUCCGCGAGAUCAACUCUCUGAUCAAAUGGCAGGAAAAGCGCAAGAAGUGGCAUCAAGACAAGACACGCCAGAAGAUGGCCACUGGUGAUGCACCCAGCGACAUGCCCGAUAGUGGCGCCUCAGACCUCAUCAGAUCAUUCAAACCCGACGAUUUCGGCCUCAAUGCUCUGGACAUCCAGGACUUGAACGAUGAUGACGAUGACGAGUACAGUUCUAUAGACGAGGAUGAGGAAGAUGCCGAUCCUAUUGCUGCGGAGAGAAAGCGUAGGGCUAGACGACAGGACUUCCUUAGGAGAAGUGCCGGAGAGCCCGUCAAACCUGAUAUUGUUGAGGUCACAAAGAUGCACGAAGGCUUUUUGAGUAUGCUUAGGAUGGUUUUGGCCGAGUAG